AUGGAUGCCAUUUUUGGAAAAGUGGAGCAAAAUCAGCAUUUCAGAAGUUACGACGUAGCUGAAGAACUGGAGAUCGACCACAAAACAGUUUUGACGCAUUUGAAACAAAGCUUGAAACACAAAAAAGUUCACUUCAGCGUGAAAGGCAUUAUAGCACCCGUGUUCGCUCCCAUCGACGAACAUGGCCAACUGAAUUUAGAUGUCAUACCUGAAUACGCGAAGCAUUUGAGCGAAAACCGUGUUGAUGGUGUAGUCGUAGUUCUACCAGUCGGACGUCUCGUUAAUAGUUCUACGGAUAUACUCAAAACUCUCGUGGGUAUACAUCUCCGUUUUGUCCUACGACUUUCCCCUAUGCAAACUGUAGUGGGUGGCACGUCAGGAGAGGCGAUGUGCUUAUCGGUGGAGGAAAGACAGAGCCUAUUGGAAGCCUGGAUAAGCUCAGCCAGGCCUCUUGGCCUGAAGGUGAUGGCGCAAGUCGGUGGAGCACCAAUGCCCGAUGUUUUGGCACUAGCGAAUCAUGCAGAGCUGGUGAUGGCAGACGGCAUGAUGACGCUCCCAGAGUUGUACUUCAAGCCGAAGACGCCAACAAAGCUGGUGGACUACCUGGAGGAGAUCUCGGCGGCCGCACCUACCGUGCCACUCAUCUACUACCAUUUCCCGGCUAUGAGUGGAGUCGACAUGAACAUGCCGGAGCUUUACAGGGAAGCCACCAGAAGGAUUCCCAACUUCAAAGGUUUUAAGGCAGACCUCAACGUAGCUGUACAACUGGAGGAACUUCUAGCCCCAGACCACAGAGUUUUUAUAGCUAAUCAUUUAUUGGCUCCAUCUGUGCUGAUGGGUCAUGCGUCGAGCAUCGCGACAGUAACCAACUUAUUCCCAUCUCUGAUCCGCGACCUCGUAGACUCCGCGAGCAGUUCGAACCCGCCCACAUCACUCAUGCGCAAGCAAUCCAAACUAAACUCGAUGGUUGCCGCUAUCACGGACCAAGGGAAAUGGGAAUUCGUACCAAGUAUGAAGGUGGCGAUGGAAUUAAUCACCGGCAUCUCAGUAGGUGACCCCAGGAAACCGCUCACUGCUUUGGAUCAACAACAAAGAGACAUCAUGGUCAUGCGUUUAAACAAAAUAAUCGGCAACUAA